GUCACAGACAGAGGCAGUGUGAGUGUGUGCAUGAGUGUGCGUGGAUGUGUGAGUGUGAGCCCGGAGCCACGGCUAUGGAGAGCUGCUCACCACUCCCGGGGACGCCUCAACUUACCGGCAACCUACAGUAAAGGGGGGAGAAGAGCUCCUCCAUAAAAAAACUAUAGCAAUCAAGAAACUUAAGCAACAAAAAAGUCACUUUUUUUUAGUUUUUUUUUUAUAUAGAUUUAAAAAAAAAAAAAUUUUUGCCUCUAAAUCCUAUGUGCCUAAAGAAAACAAAGAAGCAAAACAAAAAUAUUUCAACUUUUUCGUUACCGUGUGUGAUUGUGCGAGUGUGUUCAAUGACCCUUUAACCCCUUCCUCGCCCUUCGGAGUUGGACAAUGCUGAAGGUUUUAACCAAGAAGCUGAGGAACCAGAGUUUGAGCGAGAUCCAGCCCUAUCAACUCAAGAUUUCGUAUCCCCCGAGCGAUGAGGACGACACUGACGAUUCUGAAGGAGAAAAUCAGGAACUUGCACAGAUUGACAAAGAAAGAAGACGUAAUUGUAUCCUGACCCCAUUGGCCACCAACCAGUUGCAAAACCAAGGCAACCAGUGCUGCAAAGUGAGAUCCAUCUUCCAUCCCGGCCUGGACCGGCACAGCUCGGAAGAGGAACUUGAACGAAUCAGCAGGGAAUUUGCUGCGGAAAAACGCAAGUGGUCUCAGGUCAGCCGGCUGAGCUGCCAUAGCGACAACACGUCCUCCAGUGACGAGGAGGUUAAACACUUGAGCACCAUGUCCUUCAGGCCUGUUGAGCAGGCCGAUGCUUUGUGUGGAAGUUCGAGUCCUGUCCUGUUUAGUGCCUCCCCUCCUAAGAGACUACAGCCCCUAAGCCGGAACUCAGCCUCCCGGCCACUUAUUUUCACUAGUAUGGGGUCCACGUUUGACCAAGGAAUGCCAUGUAAAAGACACAGACAAGGUUACGGAGACAAGAGCAGCAGACCAAGCCUUGAUUUGGAAAAGAUGCAACAGAAAAUGCUGCUUAAGAAAACUUGUGGAUCCAAGACGAGAGUCAUUAAAAUUCGAAGUAUCAAUGGUGGCCGACAACCUCCACAUUUCGUCUACGACCCGGCAAUAUUUGCGUUCCGUUCCCUUAGCACCGUAAAGCCUAUCAGCCCAAUAGUUGCUGUUGAAGAACCGUCAUGUGCCUAUUAACAAGAACACUCCAGAAGACAAUAAUCUCAGGACACUCACUCGUAGACCAGCCUUCUGCAGCACAACCUGUUACUAAACAAAGCAAUAUAUACAGUAUAUAUUUUCAUAUUCAAGAGAUUCUGCUCCUAGUCUUGUACCAGCACAAUCAUUGCAUCAGUUACAGUAGGACUACAGUGGCUUUCGCGAAGAAGAAGGAGAAAAUGUUGGAUGUCUACAGCUAAGUGGUGGCACUUGGAAGAAGAAGCUUUAUAUCUUGAGUAGUGUAGGACCCAUGUAGUCGUAUUAUUCUUGGACUACCAUAUAAAGAGGGUGAAGACAUUGAUGACUGAGGACCAGAAGAGAGGUAGAGAAGGAAAAAAUGAGUUGCCGUCCAUCGUCUCAACAGUGUCGGUGCCUGUAUGUGUGUCAGCCUGGUGUAUGAAAGAUGAUGUGUUUUGUUCUGUAGGACUUUUCUUCAUGGUUGUUUUUGUUGCAGGACAUCUCUGUAGGCCAUGACCGAAGAUGGUUGACAUGAGCGUUAUGACUUGUCUGGCCUGGUUAUAUAAUAAAUAGACUAUAUGUCUUCUCUUUCCGGAUAAUGCAAUAUUGUCUAUGGAAUCAAAAACUCUUUGGCCAGAUCGUAACCUAAGGAAACAUUCUUCGAGAAUACCAGAGAAACCAUUUCCUAUUGUAAAAGCAGGCGAGAUAACUCAAGGUGAUUGACAGCCUAAGCUACACAGGAAAUUUUUAAUCACUUGGAAAUGCUACCAAAAUUUUUGCUCGUUGGUUGUUUGUUCCCAAAUAGUUACUUUUUGAUUAUUUUAUCCAAUUGACCUCAAUAGUGAAGAUCACAACAGUAAAGAGGAUUUCAGGAAUUUGAUAUUGAUGGGCCUCUGGAUAGGCCACCAAUAUCAGAUCAGUGGGGGUCUGACACCCCACACCCCCAACUAUUAGCGGAUCAAUACAGUACAUGGAAUUGAAAGCAGAAGGCUUUGCCCACUGUGUACUGGUCAUGCCAGGGUACUUCAGCUCAGCUCCCAUUCAAGCAAUUGGGAGCUGAGCUGCAGUACGUCAGCAGGGUCAGACUGUGGCUUCAUGGGACCACCAGAGGAAAUUCUUCUUGGGGCCUAACCCCCAUACCAUCUAUAAAGUCUCCUUCUGAUUUAGUUUUGAUUCAAAUAAAUUUAUCUGAGUGGUAAGUUAGUAUCUCCAAAUGUUUUUUUAUUCCUGUACCUUUGGAGCCCACUAUGAUAUCAGAGCCUGGGCCCACCGGAGGAUCCUCUGGCUGGCCAGUCCAAAACUGUAUAUUGGAACUGGAACCUACACAGUGGAUGGAGCCCUCUGUCUGCUCCAUAGUUUCCGGCACUAGUGGCUCCCCAAAACAGCUUAUCAUGAGGGUUUCAUGAGUCGACCCCCAUGGAUCUGAUGAUGUCUGAGGGCAGGUCAUCAAUAUCUAAGUCCUUGAAAACUCUUUUAACCCCUGUGCAGAAUUCCAUAGAAGCCAUUCCUGCCACUGCCUCUUUUUUUAAUUGUUUUAUUUUUUUGCAUUUUUCUGAUGUGGCAGCACCAUAAAGUCUGAAUGUGAUUAAAAAAUAAAUAAAAUCUCCUGGUAGCUCGGGCCAGUCUCUGGGAAUUUGCAGGACGAUGCAUUAGUGCUAUUACCUGACAUAAGAUUGGUUAAGAAGAAGAGUCCUCCAGCUGUACUCAGAGGUGCAGUAACCAGUAUACCGCCUGAUAUCCGUCCAUCCUUGUGGAUUAUUCUGGCUUAUUCAGCAAUUUUCUCUAUAUCCAGUCCCCAGGUCUCUCAAGUGAGGAAUGUCCUCUACACCUACAUUGCGUUGAUUACAUUACGUCUUAUGCUCUAGCUACAUCCAAAGCUGCAUCUCCUUAAAUUGCAUUGUGGGUGAUGGAUUAUUGGACUGUGGCACCUGGUGUGUACACAGUGCAUCUUCCACAAGGCAGCAUCAAUGAACCUGCAAGGGGAAACAUUAAAAUCUGAAAUUCUGCAGAACGCAGCAGAAUUCUGAAUGCAGCUCUGGCUGUGAAAGGAGCAUAAGCCAUUAUAUAAAAGCAUUACAAGAUAUGUGAGGAUUUUUUUUUUUUGUAAGAUAACCCCUGAAUGUGCUUUAUGUUUGCUUCUGAUCGACUUGUCUGUUCCGAGCUACAAAGUGCAUUGGUCGUUGAGGAUACGGUUGGGGGCUUGUAGUCCUCAGGCUUCACUCACCAUAGCCCUGCCGGAUCAGCCCCAUAAAUGGGUCAUUUGCUUGGCUGAAAAUGCAUGUUGUUUCAAUAAGGGGCUUUAUGGCAGCGCUGAUGCCGCUUAUCUCAGAGGAAGCAAUAGGUUCAGUCAGGUCGAAAUUCAAUCCAAAAUAUGUCCAGUCCUCGCAUCCCAGGUGAUGGGACCAUCAGGAAGUCUACAAAGGUACCGGUACCUUGGUAUAAAUCCAUGAGAAUACGAGGACGACCCAAUUUGCCAAAUGUUCACGUCCCUGAAGCUGCAGGAUUUCUCCUUCUUCCCCCUCGGUGGUGUCUUCCUGCAGGAAACGGAAUUGCUGAAUAAACCGUAAGAUUUCCCGGUGAUAUCUGGUGGGCGGUUGCGUAAUCUUCUCCGUGGUCGGUGGACGAUUGGUGACACACACUUUCAUAAUCGUGAAAUUAUUUUUGUACACAUAUUUUUGUAAGACAGGUGUGUCGGUGUUUGUACUUAUAAGAGCUUUUCUAGCGUUACAUCAGCUACUAAAACCAUAGGUAACCACUUCUUCUGUCCGAAAGGCUUCAAUAAAAUGCAACGACAACUCCU